UUCCCACUUAUUAUUAUAUGAUCUUAUCUCCAUUUAUCUCUCUCUCUCUCUCUCUCUUUCUCUCUCUCUCUGUUUUCCUCCUCUGUUAUCCUUUCUUUUCUCUCUUUCUCUCCAUUUUUAGCAUUAUACUAAGAUAGCUUCAAGCCUUCAACUCUGUCAUGUCACCACUCAAGCCUGAGGAACCUGAAGACUGAAGUUCCUUCAACCUAGUGAAUCGACAAACAGUGAGGCGUCGUUGGGUGUAUUGAUAGUUACGUUCCCCUUGGUAUGAAUCUCCCAAAUCUCAACCUUCAGUGUGAAGAUGAGUCCGAGGUUACGAGCCAAGUUGCCUCAAACUUAUCUGCCCAAGAAAUAUCCCCCGGGCCUUCGUACGAGAGCCCCAACACUUCAUCCUGCCUCACUAACUCGGUAAACCCUCAGAUGGGCACCGUACCCGUUACUCUCGACUUAACUCUGGGCUUCAAUGCUAGUAGCGAUGGGGAAUUGAAGGGUACCGUGAGUGAGGCUAGCGGGGAAGUAGUCCCCCAUCCCCCACAGGGGCCAUUAUCUCGAGUUUUCUCGUGUAAUUUCUGCAGGCGUAAGUUUUACAGCUCCCAGGCGUUGGGAGGGCACCAAAACGCCCACAAGAGGGAAAGGACGCUGGCAAAGAGGGCAAUGCGAAUGGGAAUGCUGUCGGAUAGAUAUGCUAGCUUGGCUUCCCUGCCCCUCCACGGGUCUGCAUUUCGGUCUCUAGGGGUGGAGGCCCACGCUGCUUCGAUGCACCAACGAGGUGCCCAGCAGCCUACAAAUAGCCCUUUCCAUGGAGCCCGAGGUGGGGCGAGGUUCGAGCAGGGAUACUUUGGCGUCCCGGUUUUCGUGGAGGACGAUGAAGUCGAGAUGUUCUGGCCAGGAAGCUUCAGACAAGUCGAUGGCAACACAACGGGUUUCCAUCCGGGACAAAGUUCUAACAUAAAUUUCGUAGCAAUGCCCCCUCCCAAACAACCUAGUACAGACUCCUUGCCCUUCCCCGACCUUAAUUUGAAACUGUGAUGCCCUUAUUUUUGCAUUUCAUCGAUUCCUGCUCUGUUGUACAGGGAGGUAAAUGAUUCAUAUCAACCCCGGCUAUCGAGUGAUUUUUACCCCCACCAGAUUAUUACUGUCAUUAUUUCUCUCCUUUUUCCUUUUUUUUUUCCCCCAGAAUGAAUCACUUAGUUGAUUCAGGAUGCUGUUGUCUAUACUGCUGUACAAUAUUGCCCAGGAACUUAGUAUAAAUAUUUUUGGGAUAAAUUGUGCUUAUUAA